AUGAUAGCGCGUAUGGCAGCGGAGGUGGCGGUGUGGAUGGGGCUUGCGGGCGUGCUGGCGGGGCUGUUGGCGUGGAGGGUGCAGAAGGGCUUCGACGACAAUCGCAAGGCGGAGCUCGACACCUGGUGCGCCGGUCGCGCGCGCCCGCUGCAGCAGCAGUUCAUAUCCACGUCCGACCACUUUAAGGUAGCAGACGGUCGACACGCGGUAGAUCGACGACCAUCUGGCACGUGUAGUACUACUAGUAGGCGAAAGGCGCCCCCUGUGACACCAUCACCCUCUGCCACCAUCACCCUGCCGCCCGCCCCUGGGUGCACGCCAUUGCCUACGGAGCCUUUGUUAACGGCUCUGACAGGUGCGCCUCCCCCCCCUCCCCCCGCCCUCAAACCUGCUGCUGCUGCUGCCUUCACUCUCGCCUUCACACUUCCGUCACCUUCUUCCCAUGCGCCACCUCUUGCCUCCCGCGUGCCCUCCCUCGCUCCCGUCCCCCGUUCACAUCUCUCGCCGACUUUGGCGGUUUUUGAGCGGCGAAUGGGGUGCACACCGGGGGACAUGCAGGAGAGGCCUGCCCCACCCGCAGACUGGUACAUGGACAUGCGCUUCUGGUUCGACGAGCAGGGCCCCUUCCCCUUGGUUGAGAACAGCACGACUUGCUCCGAUGGCCACCUGCACCCGUCGUACGGGCCGGAGCUGACGCGCAUGAAGAUCACGGGUGCAGCCAUCCUCACCACGCCCUAUUUUCUAAACAAUGGCCAUCCCGGCAUGGCCAUGAUGUUCCCGAUCUUCAAGGGCAACGUGACGGCAGCAGCGCCGUGGGCAGAGAGGCAGGCAGUGAUCAUGGGCGGCAUGGCGGUAUCGGUGGACUUUGAUCGUCUCGCCGAAUCUAUCAUUCUUGAAGUGCUCCGACAAGCGAUUCCUCUUCCCCCUCACAACCCUACCGCUCACAACCCUACCGCUCACAACCCUACCGCUCACAACCCUACCGCUCACAACCCUACCGCUCACAACCCUACCGCUCACAACCCUCCCGCUCAAAACCCUCUCGCUCACAACCCUCCCGCUCACAACCCUCCCGCUCACAACCCUCCCACUCACAACCCUCCUGCUCACAACCCUCCCGCUCACAACCCUCCCGCUCACAACCCUCCUCACAACUACCAAUCCAUCACGGAGCUACCAGCGCUGGCGGUGCCAGGCUCGGACGAAGCCCACAGCAUGACUGCUGUGUUCCUGGGGGUGAUCAUCCUUGUGGUGGCGGCACUGCUGGCUGCCAUUGGCGUGAGCGUGACGAUCAACAUGCGGAGGCUGCGCGAGAAGACUAUUUCUAUGGCGAUUCUGAAGGAGAAGGCGGAGGUGGCGGAGCGCAACAAGGGUGCACACAUCGCCAACACAUCGCCAACACAUCGCUUGAGCUGCGCACCCCAAUCUUUGGCAUGGAAGGUUCGUGGCAAUAAGGUGCAUGGGUGA